GCUCAUUAGGAUUACCAGGAAAAGUCCUAUCCACACCUAUUCAAUUCAUUAGAUCUCCAUGGCUACCCUUUAUUCUUACUUGUUUCUUUUUGCCAUCUUCAUCAUCCAUUCCAGCUCAAUUUGCUUUGUUCAGUGUACUGGAAACAUUAGCACUGAUCUAUCUGUUCUUUUGUCUCUCAAAGCCCAACUCACUUUACAUGAUCCAAACAAUAUCUUGGCCACCAACUGGUCUACUGCCACUUCUAUCUGUCAUUGGGUUGGAGUUCACUGUGACUCGCAACACCAUAGGGUGGUGGCGUUGGAUAUUUCAAAUAUGAGUUUGCUAGGCAAAUUUCCGACCUCCUUGGUAAAUCUCUCCUUUUUGUCUUUCCUCAACAUGAGCAAUAAUAAUUUCAUUGGAGAGAUUCCUCAACAACUCGGAAAUCUUCGAAACUUAAAGGUGAUAGAUACACAUCGUAAUCACCUUACGGGUGCAAUUCCAAACUCAAUCUUCAACAUCUCUGCACUUGAACAUAUUGAUUUUUCAAAUAAUAGUUUGUCAAGUAUUCUUCCCCCAAACAUAUGCCAUCAACUUCCAAAUCUUAAAGUGCUUUGCUUAUAUCUGAAUGGCUUUAAUGGUCCAAUUCCGGCAAAUUUAUCUGCAUGUUCGAAACUUAGAGCAUUGAGUUUGUCAUACAAUAUGUUUGAUGGGUUGAUACCUAAAGAGCUUGGCAAGUUGGAGAUGCUUCAGAAACUAAUUAUUGGUGGCAACAAUUUAACAGGAACAAUUCCAAAUGAAUUGGGUAAUCUCCAUAAUUUGAAGACAUUUGCCGCAGAAGGAAACCAGAUUAUAGGCUAUAUACCAAAGUUUAUUUCUAACAUGUCAUCAUUUCAAAUCUUGUCAUUGUCGACAAACAAGCUCAUGGGAUCCAUACCUAGAGAGAUUGGAAAUUUAUCUUCUCUUCAAUCGUUAAUGCUUUAUGAAAACUACUUCACAGGUAUGAUACCUAGAGAAGUUAGCUACCUUUCUAAAUUGGAAUUCGUUGGUUUUAAUGUUAAUAAUCUAAGUGGUACUAUACCUGAAGGGAUCUUCAACGUUACUAAAUUGCGUGGAAUUAGUCUGGCAAAUAAUCAUCUUUCGGGUAGUAUUCCUUCAACUAUGUGCUCUGCACAAACCAACCUUCAAUAUCUUCUUUUAUACAAGAAUGUAUUAAGUGGAGUCAUUCCUCAUUCAAUUGCAAAUUGUUCCCAACUCUCUAUUUUAUCUCUCGGUGUUAACCGUUUCAGUGGCUCCAUUCCAAACUCUCUUGAAAACCUUUGCCUUCUCCAAGUUCUUGGAAUGGAUGAAAAUAAAUUAGCAUCUGAUCCUUCCAAUUCCUCUCCAGAAUUGAGCUUCAUUACUUCUCUAACAAAAUGUAGAAAGUUGAAAUCGCUAGAUGUGGGUGGUAAUAGUCUACAUGGCACUCUUCCCAGAUCCAUUGGGAAUUUUUCUUCCACUCUACAAAAUUUUUAUGCAGAGAAUUUAGGGUUGUACGGCACCAUCCCACAUGAAAUUGGCAAUCUAACUGGCCUAGAAACCAUAGCAAUGUCUGCUAAUCACUUGAGUGGAACAAUUCCAAACACAUUACAAAGCUUACAUGGGCUCGAACGUUUGAAUCUGGUUGAAAACAAAUUAAGUGGUCCACUAAGUAGGACUCUUUGUAAGGUGCCGAAUCUAGGAGCAAUUUACUUGAGCAAAAAUAGAAUUUCAGGUCCCAUCCCAGACUGCUUGGGGAAUGUUACUUCUCUACGGUAUAUCCACCUUGAUUCAAAUAGAAUGAGUGGUAUAAUACCUUCAAACCUUUGGAACAUGAAAAGCCUCUUGACACUCAACCUAUCUUAUAAUUCCUUUAGUGGAGCACUGCCUUUCGAAAUUGAAAAUCUAGAUGUUUUAUAUAUUCUAGAUUUGUCAAGCAAUAACUUAUCUGGCAUCAUUCCCAGCACAAUAGGAAGCUUACAAAAUUUGAUAAACCUUUCUUUGGCACAAAACCAAAUACAUGGACAAAUUCCACAGUCAAUAGAUGGGAUGUUAAGCUUGGAAUCACUAGACUUGUCACAUAACAAUCUCAGUGGUUCAAUUCCAGUUUCCUUGCAGGCAAUUAGAUAUCUUCACCAUUUCAAUGUCUCUUUCAAUAGCUUAAGUGGUGAAAUUCCAUCAAAUGGUCCUUUCAAAAACUUCACAAGCUUAUCCUUUCUAUCCAAUGAAGCAUUGUGCGGAGAUGCCAGGUUUGGAGUUCCACCUUGCCAUAAAAGUGUAGUUCAAAGGUCUAAGGCAAAAAGAAUUCUUCGAUAUAUUUUGAUGGCGUUGGGAAUUACAAGCCUUAUCCUAGCUUUGGUGGGGGGAGUUGUGUUGAUUACUUUUUGGAGAAAAAAGAAGCUAUCAAAGAAUGAAGAAUUGUUACGUGUUAAAGAGGUGGAGAGAGUAUCAUACUAUACACUUUUACAUGCAACAGAUGGAUAUAAUGAGAGGAAUGUGAUUGGUGCUGGGAGUUUUGGCACAGUGUAUAGAGGGAUUCUUGAAGAUGGAACAGUUUUGGCCAUAAAGGUGUUUAAUGUGCAAUUGGAAGAUGCAUUCGAAAGCUUUAUUGUUGAAUGCAAGAUAAUGUUUGACAUUCAUCAUCGAAAUCUUGUUAAACUGUUAGGCUAUUGCUCCAACCCAAAUUUUAUAGCCUUGAUUCUUGAGUACAUGCCAAAGGGGAACCUUGAUGACUGGUUGUAUACCCAAGACCGUUUCUUGGACAUCACUCAAAGAUUGAACAUAAUGAUUGAUGUUGCAUAUGCACUUGAAUAUCUUCACUAUGGUUAUCCAAAACCUGUGGUUCAUUGUGAUCUGAAGCCAAGUAAUAUUCUCCUAGAUGAGGACAUGGUUGGUCAUGUUGGUGAUUUUGGAAUCGCAAAGUUGUUGGGUAGUGAUGAUAGCAUUGCAUACACAAAGACCCUUGCUACAUUGGGUUACAUUGCACCAGGCGAAGAUUCUUUUAUCCUUAGAGUGUUUAUGUUUUCUUUAAUUUCCUCAUGCUUAAUUUCAUUUUCUUUAAAUAUUUGCUACAGAGUAUGGAUCGGAAGGCAUAGUGUCAACAAAAUGCGACGUCUACAGUUAUGGCAUCUUAUUGAUGGAAACUUUCACAAGGACAAAGCCUAGCAAUGAGAUUUUUUCUGAAAAUCUAAGCCUAAAGAUUUGGGUUAAAAACUCAAUGCCUAACAGAGUAAUUGAUAUAAUUGAUGCAAAUUUACUUGCCCAAGAUGAAGAACCCUCGAGUGAAAAAAUCAAGUGUUUUUCAUGUAUCAUGGAAUUGGCCUUGAGUUGCUGUUUAGAAUCUCCAGCAGAAAGAAUGUGCAUGAAGGAAGUGGUUGCAGCUUUACAAAAGAUUAAACGUCAACUUGCAUGCUCUAUAUAGUUGUUGCAGUAGUAGCAAUUUGUUUGGCGAGCAAAUCUUUUUACAUGGGCAGCAACAAUAUUGUUUAGCAGCAGUAAGGUGUUUAUAGUAGCAGCAACAAUUACAUACUGUUGAUGCUAAUAUGCCACUUUGAUAUUGUAUUUGUGUGUUUAUUUGUUCUUUGAAAUUUGUUGUUAAGUUUGUUGGACAACUGGCCUGGACAAGAUGAAUGUGUUCGGCAAUGAAUUUUCUUUUUUGUGUGUGUUAAGUUUGAUGUGUUUGGCUUGUAAUGUUAAGAAACUAUUUGUGUGUGUGUUUCUUUUUUCUUUAUAUGAGACUUGUAUUUUCAUUUUGGUAUUAAUUAGAUGUUACGAUUGGACUUAU